AUGUACAGGAGGUCUGAAAGUUUCAACCGAUUCGUCACUACUGUGAACAAAGUCUGCUCAUCGGGUCUUAAGUCCAUAAUGCUUGCUGCUCAACAAAUUCAGACGGGUCAACAAAACAUUGUCAUUGGAGGAGGAAUGGAAAGCAUGUCACAAGUUCCUUUCUACUUGCCUCGUGGCGAUACAACGUACGGUGGUAUGAAGCUGCUGGACGGAAUUGUGAAGGAUGGUCUCACAGACGCUUACGAUCUGUGCCAUAUGGGUAACUGUGGAGAGAAAACUGCGAAGGAAUUAGCAAUCUCCAGAGAAGCACAGGAUGAGUAUGCCAUUGGAAGUUACAAGAAGUCUGCAGCCGCUUGGAAAAAUGGAAUCAUGGCUGCUGAGGUGGUGCCCGUCAUUGUGAAAGGUAGAAAGGGAGAUGUCACUGUUGAUCAUGAUGAGGAAUACAAAAAAGUCGAUUUCGAUAAGUUGAAGUCACUGAAAACUGUAUUCCAGAAAGAUGGAACAGUUACUGCUGGUAAUGCAUCGACAUUGAACGACGGUGCAGCUGCAGUGCUUUUGGCAAGUUCUGAGGCUGUGAAGCAGCAUGGCUGUAAACCACAAGCCAGAAUUCUUGCAUUCGCUGACGCAGCGACAAAUCCACUGGACUUUGCCCUUGCACCUCCUCUAGCUGUAAAAAAGAUGCUGCAAAGCGCAGGUGUGAAAAUGACGGAAAUCGAUCAUUGGGAAGUCAACGAAGCAUUUUCGGUUGUUCCCUUGGCAUUCAUCAAACAAGUGGGCUGUGAUGUAGAGAAGGUGAACCCUCAUGGAGGAGCGGUAUCCAUUGGCCAUCCUAUUGGAAUGUCUGGCGCUCGCCUUAUCACGCAUCUCGUCCACGCCUUGAAACCGGGCCAGAAAGGUUUGGCUGCCAUUUGCAAUGGAGGCGGUGGUGCCAGUGCGAUGAUUAUUGAGAAGCUGUGA